AUGGCUUUGAGCCGCCUGAAUCCAAUUAAUCCCCUCAGACAAGGUUUUGGUUCUCCGAGUGGCGCUGGAGUCGGCUCGUCUGCUUCCAAUGCAUCUCCCCUGGGACUUCGUGACUCACAUUCAGGAGUUUUGAGAGACUCCCAUCUUGGGGCCGGAGGCAGUGGCGCUGGUGCUUUAAGCACAGGUACCAGCAGCGCAACUGGAUCCAGCCUCCAACUAUCGCUCGGGAUGGCUUCUUCACCUGCACUAGAGUUUGGCCACUGUCGACCGCCAACAUCGCUUUAUAUCCUUGGCGAAGAAAAGAUGAUGAAGAAACUGGCCAAGUCAGACAAUUUUCCCGGCAUCGAGUUCUUUUCUGUUGACUAUGUUAACCAUUCUGCCAUUGCUGCAAGCUUCGAGACUCUUUUCAAUGCUUGUUUACCUAAAGACAGGGGCGCAGGCCCUUCUUCAGGAGCUGGUAGUAACACUGGGGCCUCCAGCGGUGUUAUUGACUCGUAUGAUGUCGGGGGUACUGCAUCGGAUAACCGGACUGGCUCUGGAGCCUCAGAAGAUCUAGGCUCUAGUGCUGGCGCGAGUUCUGGUCUGGGAUUGGGCUCCACGACUUCUGGAUCUGGAAGUGGGGGGGUUGGGGGUAAUACUGGCACUCAGGGGGCUCAGAAGAAUAUCCAUGUAGCUAUGCUUGAUUGUGGAUGGCUAGAACAACUUCAGUCGCUGCUCCAAUUGGCUGGGGCUGUAGUCGAUUUACUCGAUCUUCAGGGUGCCAGCUGUGCCCUCUGUUUGGAGGACGGCAGAGACUCCGUUGCGCAGGUUACCUCUUUGGCACAGAUCAUGCUUGAUCAGGAGUACCGCACCUUGGCUGGCUUCUGGUCACUCAUUCAUAAGGAAUGGCUUCUUUUCGGUCAUCCAUUCACACAUCGCCUUGGCCAGAAUCAAGCUAACCGAGGCAUCACCUUUUCGCCUGUUUUUCUUCAAUUCCUCGAUGCUGUGCAUCAAUUACUGCUUCAAUUCCCUAUGGCUUUCGAAUUCAACGACUUCUUCCUUCGCUUUCUAGCCUUUCACCAUCUCUCAAACAGGUUCGCCGAUUUCAAGUUUGACACCGAAGCUGAUCGUCUGGCUGCCUGGUUUACUCGUCCGACAGGCUUUAUGAAUACCAUUAUCACUAAUGAGGUCUCUGGUGCUCCUGGAAUGUCUGAUCUGGGGCAACCAACUUUACUUCCUCAGCAUGAGCCUCGCCAGGCUAGGUUUUCGGUCCCCAUCCAGAAUGGUGCCUCGGGCACCAGCCUCAGUGCUGGGGCAUCACGUUUUGGCAGUCAGACUAGUCUAAUGAGGCGGGAUUCGAAUUCCCUCGAAUCGGAACCCGGUGGUCGCAUGGAGGAUUGCUUCAUUUGGAAUUUCAUUCGAGCUCAACAUCGGGAGCCCUCUUCGAACCUCUUUACUCUUGAUGUCUGGGGCUUUUUUAUAGAUGAUGAUUUAGCCACUGGACCUGUCUAUGACCUAGAUCACUUCUGCCCCAGCUAUCGAAAGAAGACGAAUCGACCCUAUGAACCAGUUCUUCGUCAAGGCUUCAACAAUAGUCACAUCGAACACACAUACGCUGUACUUGGCCUCCGUGAAGGUGAUGAGGCCGGUGGCUGGCUCGAAGCCUGGCGUCAAGCCCAGUUUGAUGUGCUCGGCUACUCUCACUUCGGUGCCAAACCCACUCAUCAAACUCUAGGCUUCGAAAAUGACAUGUCCGUUCACAGCAGGGCCCAAAUGGGGCAACAAAACACCCCUGGGGUUUUGGCAACUAGUGUCAACACCAGUUGCACGUUGUCUCCGAGUGGACAGCUUCUUACUGUUUCGGCUCCUUUGGCCACCAGCAAUAUCAGUACCAUCACCGCCUCAGCUACUGUUACCACUGUUAAUACCACAGAUAUCGACCAUACUGACCCCCCUCCUUCACAAAUUCUCUCCCAUUGUCGAACAACUCACAUCAAUUCUAUUUCAGGACCGCAUGAAGUGGAGUUGAAGGUUCCAAAUCACAUCGAAUCUUUUCGUUUACUAGAACGUGAUGGCUUGGAAACUCUUAAUAUGCCCACUACAACUUCAUUUUCUCCAUCAAUAAAUACUUCAGUCACGGCGCUUAAUUCAUCUUUGAAU